AUGAAUACUGACUGUAUGCUCACAAUUCUGUCAGCUCUACUGCUCCUUAACAGACUCGAGCAUACUCAGGCAGGCGUUAUUUUGCACAAUGGGGGCAGUGCCGUGUCUCAUCAAAGCUUCACACGACUCUCACAUGCACCGGCCUCAUCUGCAGCGCAAGUAAUACUGCCGUCCCCCGCCAAAUUAAUCCAGACGACCGUUCCGGCCAAGUUUACAUUGCCACAGGCCUCCUCCAAUCUGAUUCUGCCGCAUCAGACUGAAAUUGUGGCUGACACGCCCACACCUCGCAUUCUCAGCACUGGCAAGCGAACCAUCUUCGAGCCAGAAGUCGGCAAAUUCAAAGAUUCUAGGACGCUGCUAAGCUACACGCCAGCACACCUCACCUAUGCUGCCAAACCCGUGGUGCACCAAGUGUUGCCCCAACCCAAACCAGUGAGGAACAUUAGCUACGCCUCGCUCUUACCCGGACCUCGCAGCCUUAGCUAUAGUCAGUAG